GCAGGAAAUGCCCGGGAGAGGGUGUCACCUGCCCCUGGACUUGUUGAUUCCCCGGUGCCCGGAGCCCGGAGGACGAGCUCGCUCACCUGGCGCCCGGUCCGGCCCCGGGAGCCCCCGCCGCGCGCAGUCAUGAGCAAGUUGGGCAAGUUCUUUAAGGGGGGCGGCUCGUCCAAGAGCCGCGCGGCCCCCAGCGCCCCCGAGGCCUUGGCCAGGCUCCGGGAGACCGAGGAGAUGCUGGGCAAGAAGCAAGAGUACCUGGAAAACCGAAUCCAGAGAGAACUCAGCCUGGCCAGGAAGCACGGCACGCAGAAUAAGAGAGCUGCCCUGCAGGCUCUCAAGAGAAAGAAGAGAUUUGAGAAGCAGCUCUCUCAGAUUGACGGCACACUCUCCACCAUCGAGUUCCAGAGAGAAGCCCUGGAGAACUCACACACCAACACCGAAGUGCUAAGGAACAUGGGCCUGGCGGCCAAAGCCAUGAAAUCCAUUCAUCAAAACAUGGACCUAAACAAAAUAGAUGAUUUGAUGCAGGAGAUUACAGAGCAACAGGACAUUGCUCAAGAAAUCUCAGAGGCAUUUUCCCAGCGGACUGGAUUUGGUGAUGAAUUUGAUGAGGAUGAGUUGAUGGCAGAGCUGGAAGAACUGGAGCAGGAGGAAUUAAAUAAGAAGAUGACAAACAUCCGACUUCCAAACGUGCCUUCCUCCUCCCUCCCCUCGCAGCCCGCUAGGACGCCAAGCGCAGCCUCUGCGCGCCAGCCCCGGGCAGCAUCUUCCCGGAGGAGGGCGGAAGACGACGACGAUGAUAUCAAACAACUGGCAGCUUGGGCCACUUAAAUUAAAACAGGAAUUCUUUCCGUCUAUAGGAGCUAUGCAGGACACAUGAGAAAGCAGGUUUUUUCCAAGUUCAGAAUGUAACAAAGGUCCUAUGUUUUGUGUGCGACUGGAUGAGUAAUUGUUUUUAAAGUUUGUGAGUCAAAGUUUUCAAAGGAGUUGCGUGCAGAUGGAAUCGGGGUGGAAUGGGGCUUCCUGGUCACUUCUUGCCCCACCCCUCACCUUCCCCGGGGGCCUUCUAGCAUAUUCUCUCCUGUAUUUCUGAUGCUGGCACAGAGUUGGUGCUUGCUGAACAUUUGUGGAAAGGAAAACAAUUCUGAUGACUCAUAAACCCCAAGUUUGGAGCAGGAGAGAUAGCAGAGCCCUUAGGGCACUUGCCUUGCAAGCAGCUGACCCGGGUUCGACCCCCAUCACCCCCUGUGGUCGGCCAUGCAUCUCCAGGAGUAAUUCCUAAGCGCAGAACUUGGAGCAACUCCUGAGCACUGCCAGGUGUGGCCCCCAAACCAAAAAGACAACAGAAAAGAAAGCAUGCUUUUGGAAGGCGUUUAGGAGAGCGGCGUUUAUGCUCACUGGGGGAGUCACUGUCUUUUCUGUACCCAUUAAGUCCUUGCUGUGGAUCCACGUUAGACGGGGUAGCAGUUGCUGUCACUGUGAAGACCCCGUCUCUUCUGAGAGUGACUUUAUAUAGACAAGGCCCCCGCGUGAGUCUAUACGGAAAUGGUUUUAUUUGCUUCUCACCAUUUGAAACAUUAAAAGGGCCUUAAUUGACAUUUAUUAUGCCAAUUAAGCUCGAAAUGGGGCAAUGGCUGCGUUUCCCCAAAUGUCUGAAAGCACUAACAGCCUGGGCUGUUAGGAGAGUCCCCUGGGUGUCGUCAAGUCACUUAGGGAGCUGCGUUAACCAGCCUGGGCCAUUAUGGUGCCGUUCGGGCUCAGCUCACUACAGUGGCGAUGUUCAUUCUGUCCUGUUUUGUGUUCUCCUGUACAGUUAUUUACACUUUAUGGCACACUCUUUGUAAAUACUUAAAGAUAUAGGCAAUUAGAAGCCUAUCAUGAAUAAAAUUUGGGCCACUGGUGUUUGUAAAUGAAAAUAAGUUUCAGUUUAUUUAUUGCCCGUAAUAUGUCUUGGACCAUAAAACGAUAAAUAUCAUUGUAUAUGGGGCUGGAGAGAGAGUACAGGUGAGGGUUGGGGUUAGUCCUGGCACUGCGUGUGUAUGGUUCCUGAGAACCAUCAGGAGGAAUCUCUGAGCACAGGGCUUGGAGUAAGCCCUGAGCACUGCUGGGGUGACCUCAAGCCCAAUAUAUAUAAUAAUAAUCAUCAUUAUUAGAGGAAUUGUUCUGGUAUUCCCUGCCCUCACCCAGCAACCUUGAGGUAAUAGUCCCGAGUCCCAUCUCUUGCUCUGUCACUCAGACAGGAACUGCCGAAACCUGGAACAUUUGUUUCUUCACUAAGAAAUCCUUAGAUGUCUGCCCUCAGCGAUCUCCAAAUCACUGUGGCUCAAUCCUACCACGAACUUGCAUACACCGUUUUUCUUGGCCGUCUCUCCGCCCUCUACGACACACACACACCAUCUCAGUGCUGAAAUCUUGCUUAUAGAGUUUUUUGUAUUUAGACACUUAUAGAUUGCCUAAAUCAAAUUGCACCUUCCUCUUCUCUGCCUUACAGCCCCCAGUCUUCUCUGCUCUCACCUGUUUUGGUUUGUAUUGCGUACUUACAUGACAUAUAACUCAGUUAUUGGUCCUUAGCCUUACGUUAGCUGUGAAGACACUAACUCUAUUUAUACCAUGUGCAGUAUUAGCAUUUGUCCCGUCCCGUGGGACUUGUUCAACGUGGGUAACCGGGAGAGGGUGCGAGAGUGAAAAGGAGACAGACGCAAGGAGAAAGAGACAGACACAGACAGACACAAGAAUGGGAGAAAGCUCCAACUUUAUUUCUCUUAAGCUAGUCUUUUAUAAUUGAUUAUAUGAGGACGUGGGCAGAAUGGGAGAAUAGCAAAGAAUGCAAAUGUUAAAUGAAACUGGAUGUGGGCCCUGGUGGCAGUUUCCCUGGGCAUUGUUCUGCAACCUUUCCCAAGAAGCGGUUGUUCCUAGCUACAGGUCAGUUUGUACUGACAUAUUGGUGCCCAGGCAUAAGUUUCUGGCCAUUCCCAGGCAUGGGUUUCUGGCUGUUCCCAGGCAUUGGUUCCCGGCAAGCAUUCACAGACAGCGUUCAAUAAUAGUUGUGAAAUCAAUAGCUAUUUUUGUUUUUGCUUGGGGCAGAGAGGGAAACUCAAGCUACAGAGCCCUGGCAGCCAAAGACAUCCAGAACCCAGCCACAGCCACGCUCAAGGCCACUCUCCACAUGUUCGGAGGAGCCUCACAUAUGAAGGAACUGGCAGAGAACCCAGGUGUGCAGGACCCUGGGCUGAGAUCUCCAAGCCUGUUCGGAUCAGGACUGGGCCUCCUUCACCAGGAAGCCCCAUUUUUCCAGUAUCCAGUAGCUUGGCAGCCACACCCACAAACUUCCUCUCGUUCCCUCCCUUCCACCCCACCCUCCAUAAUCCCAUCAAUGGCCAAGAUCCAGAGACUAAAACAAUACUCCCGGAAGACUUUUAUAGCCUAGUUCUCCCUCUCAGAGAACCUGGCAAGGUACCGAGAACAUCCUGCACACAUGGCAGAGCCUGGCAAGCUCUCCGUGGUGUAUUUGAUAUGCCAAAUACAGUAACAAUGAUGGGUCUCAUUCCCCUUACCCAGAAAGAGCCUCUAUGUGGCACCGCUGGGAAGAACGAGUAAAGAGAGGCUGCUAAAAAUCUCAGGUCUAGGACAAAUGGAGACGUUACUGGUACCUGCUCGAGAAAAUUGAUGAUCAACAAGAUGACAGUGAUACAGUGAUAGAGUGAGUUUUGUUUUUAAAACUUUGUUUUAAAUCUAUGAUCAAAUAAUAGAUACUGAAGAUUUGCCUUCUAUUCAGAAGCAAAUACACAACUUGGCCAAAGUAUAAAACAGUUUCUAGACAUUAUACAAUGGGCGGCACUAGGUUGUGAUUCUGGAAAGAGAAAACAUUUCAGCUGCCCACCUCACCAUCAGGGAAGGGCAUGGAGUCCUCUAGUCUUAGUGAUGGGAGGAGCCUGUUGGGAUGAGGCUUGGAACUGGGGGAGGGAGAGAGAGAGACAGAGAGAGAUAGAGACAGAACAUAAGACUUGCAGAGAUCCUUUCAAGUUCAAUGUUUUCAAAUAUAUUAAUUUUUUUCUUUGUUUUGAGUAAUAGGAUGAGGAUUUAAGCUAACUUGAGAAAAAUUUUGAUUUAAAGAGGUGACUGAGGUAGUUCCUAAUCCAAGGAAAUGCUGAAUAUGCAAAUCAAAGUCUCAAAAUGCAAAUGAAGGCUCCUAAUGCUCCCUCUUCUAAGAUGCAGACUGUGGGUUAAAUAAGCAACUAUCACCUGGAGCAAGUUGCUAUUCUGCUCAAAAGUGAAAUUGCAUCACUGGGAUGUUUGAGCUGCUGAGACUGGCUCAGUGACUAGCCCCACAGCCAGCCACUGGAACUGAAACACAGGAGGAAGGUUUGCUGUAACCAUUAUUGUGCUCCUUCCUGGAAAAGGGAAUGAAUGGACACUGAUCUUAAGCAAUAGAUGUUCAUUCAGCGACUGUCCGUUUAGUUCCAAACUACAGCAUUUUCUCAUCCUUGGAAAACACAACCUGAGUACUGUUUGUUUUAUUUAGUAGAAAUUGAAGUGGGAAAUAAUUUAUAUCCCACAGCAGUAUGUCUCCUACUAAAACAAAUUGGAUAAUGUGUCAAAGUUAGUAAUUCGAAGAAGAAGAAGAAGAAGAAGAAAAAAGGAAGCUGCGACUAAUAGGGACAUCUGGGACCAUUAUUACAUUUACAGCCCCGGGGAACAAAUUGGUGAAAUGUUGGUCGCGUUUUUUUCAUCUCUUGACUUUCUUCUCCGUGUCUCCUUAAUUUAAGACAGAUAUUAGUGUUUUUACUGGAGAAAGCAUUUUGUAAAAUGGCAAAAAACACUCCUCCAACUUCAAAUUCACUUUUCUUAAUUUGUUUCUUAGCUUACUGGAAGUUUUAUGGCAUUAUAUAGAUGCUACUUGAAUUAUUUUCAGAAGAAAAAGACAGUAUACAUUAAGGGAGUAUAGACAGGGUCAAGCAUAGAUCUGAUUAUGAAUUAUUUUCCUGAAUUUCUAACAUUCACAAACUAUUGAAGGUUAUACAUGCAUUGUCAUUUAUGCUAUCAGUAGAAUUGAGCAGAGAGAAAAAAUUCCUCCACUUUAGGCUUCUCUAUGGAGCACCAUAUGCAUUAGAUUGCAAGCAUGUGUUUAAUUAUUUUAUUAUAUGUAAUAUAACUAUAAAUACACAAAUGGGUGUGGUUAGGCUACAUGUACUUAAGUGCAGAUUACCCAUGCUCACAGUAUUGAUAUAUCUGCCUUCAAUACUCUUUUUGUUUGUUUUUGGGCCACACCCAGUGAUGCUUUCUCAUGGCUACAGCUUACAUGAAAUAUACUUAUUACAGAUUUUCAGUCUCAAGCUAUAUUUGUGCUUAAAUCAAUAGUGAGUUUUGUCAAUAGUAUUCAGUUGGAUAUUACUUUUUAAUCUUCUUACUAAUAUCUGUCCUUCAACUGGGAAGUUAAUCAUUCACAUUUAGUGUAGUUAUUGUACCCGUAAUUUUCCUGUUUGUUUUCUAUGUCUCAUUCUGCUUUUUAAAAAAUUUCUUCAUUGCUUCUUUAAAGAAGUUAACAGAUACAUGCUAAAGCAUAUAUUCUGUGCACUGCAGCACUGUCGUCCUGUUGUUGGAUUUGCUAGAGUGGGCACCAGUAAUGUCUCCAUUGUGAGACUUGUUGUUACUGUUUUGGCCUAUUGAAUACUCCACUGGUAGCUUGCCAGGCUCUGUCGUGUGGGUGGGAUACUCUUGGUAGCUUGCUGGGCUCUGAGACGAACGGAGGAAUUGAACCUGGGUCAGCUGCGUACAAAACAAAUGCCCUACCCACUGUGCUAUCGCUCCUAUUUUAAUUGCUUUGUACUUACAUACAUAAUUUUGCGUUAACUUUUAUUGUGAUUUUGGGGGUGAUUACAAGUAAUACCUUAGUUUAUAACAAGCCAUCUCAGAUAAAUAUAAUUUCAGUAGUGUGCAAUAACUUUACUCUUGUUCCUAUUAUUUCCACCUCAUUUUUAUGCUGUGUAAAUUAUAUAUUUAUACAUAUGUACAUAUCAGCAGAUAUAUAUAUAUAUAUAGUUAUUGCAUGAUACACUUGUAUUUUAAGCCAAAUUUGAAAAAAAUUGUGUUGCCAACAAAAAGUACCUUACAUCUUUUAUGGCUGUCUAUGCAGUUACCUUACCUGGUGGUCUUAUUAUUAUUAUUAUUUUAUGUGGGUUCAAAUGACUGUCCCCCAUAUGCAAGAUUCCUUUCUUUAGCAUGUCUUAGGGGGUAGUUCUGCUAGCAUUGAACUACCUCAGGCAUGAUCUGGAAACACCUUAAGUUCUCUAUCAUUUAAAAAAAAAUAGCUCUUUGGGUUAUUUUGGGAUACUUUGGAUUAUUUUGUUUGUUUGUUUGGGGGCUACACCGGUGAUGCUGAGGGGUUACCCCUGGCUCUGCACUCAGGAAUCACUCUUGGCAGUGCUCGAGGGAUCGUGUGUACUGCAGGGAUUGAACCCGGGAUGGCGGUGUGCAAGGCAAGCGCCCUAUCUGCCAUACUGUCUCUCCAGUCCUCUGCUGGGUAUACUUGCUUGAUAGUGUUCUGUUCAGUAUCCAGAACAUAUUAUUCCUAAAGCUCCUGGAUCCAAAAUGUAUUGUAUAAAACAAAAUAUCCUACAUGACGGGUUGUGUGCCUUUUAUAUGAGUCCAUAGUUAAAAUUUAUGUUUCCACCCAGCAAUAGUGCUUCUGGGAAUAUACCUUAGGGGCCCAAAAACAUACAAAAGAAACACCAUCUGGACUCCUAUGAUCAUUGCAGCACUAUUUACCAUAGCUGGAAUAUGGAAACAACCUGAGUGCCUGAGAACAGACGAAUGGACAAAGAAACUAUGGCGCCUUUACACAAUGGAAUACUAUGCAGCUAUUAGGAAAAAUGAAGUCAUGAAAUUUGCCUAUAAAUGGAUGGACAUGGAGUAUCAUGCUCAGUGAAAUGAGUCAGAAGGAGAGGGACAGAUAUAGAAUGACCACAUUUAUUUGUGAAAUAUAAAAAUAUAUGGUAGAAAAUUAAUAUCUAUGGCCAGGGAAAACAGGGGCUAGAAGGACUGGUCAAUGGUUGGAACUAACUACAAGUGAGUUUGGGGCUGAGGCUAGGUAAGAUAGAGAAGAGACCAGUAUGGCAGUAAUAGAGUGGCAUGAUCACACUGGACAAGAUCUGAGGGUUGAAAGUAGGUAAAGGGAUAUUCUUGAUAACCUUUCAGUAUCAAUAUUGCAAACCACAAUGCCCAAAAGGAGAGAGAGAGAGAGAGAGAGAGAGAGAGAGAGA